AUGGCUAGUUUUCUUGUUUUCACAUCCUACAUUGUUGUAAUUUUUGGUUUAUCAAAUGGUUAUAUCAAUGGUGUCGAUGCGGCUCGCGCUUUCUUUGUGUUUGGAGAUUCACUCGUGGAUAAUGGCAACAACAAUUACUUGGCCACAUCGGCUCGAGCCAAUGCUCCGCCUUAUGGCAUUGAUUAUCCGACUGGUCAACCCACCGGACGUUUCUCUAACGGCUUAAACAUUCCUGACUUUAUCAGUAAAGAACUUGGAUCAGAACCCACAUUGCCAUAUUUAAGUCCUAAGCUCAGUGGAAAAAAUUUGCUUGUUGGUGCCAACUUUGCUUCUGCUGGUGUUGGAAUUCUCAAUGACACUGGAUUUCAAUUUAUAGAAAUAAUCAGAAUGCCCAAACAGUUAGGUUUGUUUGAAGAAUACAAGAAAAAAUUAAGUGCUAUUAUUGGAGAUGAAGAAGCUAUAAGAUUAGUAAAUGGAGCAUUAGUACUAAUCUCAUGUGGUGGUAAUGAUUUUGUGAAUAACUACUACUUUGUAUCCGAUUCCCUAAGACAUCGCCAAUAUGAUUUACCAAAGUUCGUUAAGUAUCUGACUACCGAGUACAAGAAAAUUUUACGGAGACUAUAUAAUCUUGGAGCGCGUAGGGUGGUGGUGACUGGAACGGGCCCAAUGGGCUGCGCUCCAGCCGAGCUAGCCCAACGAGGAGGACCAAAUGGCGAAUGCUCGUCUGAGUUAAAGCGUGCUGAAACGUUAUAUAAAUCGCAACUUUUUCAGAUGAUCGUAGGACUGAACCGAAAAAUUGGUUCCGAUGUCUUCGUCAUCGUAACCAUGGAUGCGAUGCUGGAAUUUCAAAAUGAAUUUGCUGAAACAAAAAAAGCAUGCUGUGGUCAAGGACCUUUUAAUGGAAUUGGAUUAUGCACAGUGGAAUCAAAUAUAUGUCAAAACCGUGAAGACUAUUUGUUUUGGGAUUCUUUUCAUCCAUCAGAAAAAGCUAACAAGUUGAUCGUUGAGAAAAUUAUGACAGCUUCCACAGAGUUCAUAUAUCCAAUGAAUCUCAGUACCAUUUUGGCUUUGGAUUCCAAGAUGAAUAACACUGUCUAG